UAUCUUCUUCCGUAAAUAUCAUUGCAUCAGGACCAACUGCUCAACAGUCUAAAUGAAGUAGGGAGGGAAGUUUGUGCGCAUAUCGACAGACACCGAAAACUCCAACUAAAAUGAUAGAAGCAGCGGAAAUGGACGAUAUCAUUGCCGGAAUUAAGAAUGCAACCCUGGAACGAUGUCCGGAACGGGCUCUGCCGCUUCUGAAAAAGAUUUCAGACGCUGAAACGAAUCUUUGUGAUAAGUACGACAUCAAAAACGAUCUUCUGGAACUGCUACGGGUAGAGGACAGCAAGGUGCACAUUCAGGUCGCCCGGUGCAUUGCAGAAGUGGCCAAAACUGACAAUCAACGUGCAAAGUUUUCCCACCAAGACGUAAUUCGACGGCUAACGGAUUUGCUGUGCGUUCCAAGCUCCAAGGAAAACUCGGCGGACGUCGUCGCUCUUGAGCUAUGUACGCAGCUGGCCCGAGCGUUGGGGAACAUUUGCUAUGCGAAUGACGAUGCGCGGAACAUCAUAAAGGAGCUCGGUGCCGACGAGCGCAUUUUCGCACUGCUCGACUACGAUAUAGACACGGACGACGAAGACCGAGAGCAGUUCGUGCGUGUUCGCUGUGGUCUGAUCUCGAAUUACCUCCUGGGCAGCGACGACUUAGCAGAGCGAGCAAUCGAACUGAAAGUGAUCGAAAAGCUAGAGUGCAUCCUGACCCGAUGCUUGGUCGAUGUGGACAAGCACGAGGAACUGUUGCUUGGCCUGUUACCUCCGUUGAGUAUACUCACCGAGCAGAUUAGUGACCUGUGCUUUCCAGUCUCUCUAAAUCGCACCAUCGCGAAAUUAUUGGCCAAGUGUACCAACCCGGACAUUGCCGAAUCCUGUUUGGCCCUCCUGCACUACGAGGCGCAAAACGACGAUGUAAAGUUGCUGCUCGCUGAGGAAGGAUUGUGUGAAACAAUCUAUCAGCUGUUGGAAAAGUACAAAACGUUCGCCAAUACCGAUGAAGCUCGCGUGCUAAUGAAGUUGGCUUGUGAUUUGAUAGUGCUCAUAUUGACCGGAGACAAAUCGAUGCAUUUCCUCUACACGACGCCAUUGUUGAAGUACAUGGAAGAUUGGCUCGAUUCGUACGACGUGGAAUUACUGACGACCGGUGUCCUCGCCCUCGGUAACUUUGCCCGAUCCGAUAGCCACUGUAUCAAUAUGGUCGAAAAUAAGAUCAUGCACAAACUCUUGUCUAUAUUGGCUAAGAACAAUGGCACCGAGCAUCAGAUGACUCUACAGCAUGCACUGUUGAGUACGUUGAAAAAUUUGGUCAUCCCAAAGCCAAACAAGGCAGCCGUUAUCGAAGCGGGACUCGUGGACGUCAUCCUGCCAAUGCUUGAAAUACAUCAGGCGCCAGUUGUGUUUAAGCUGCUCGGAACAUUGCGAAUGACUGUAGAUGGGCAAGAAAAACUGGCCUCAGAAUUGCUACAAAAUGAAAAACUAGUCAAGCAACUGGUCUACUGGAGUCAAACUUCCGAGUUUACGGGUGUAUUGGGUGAAUCGUUGCGACUUAUGGCGUGGCUGAUCAAGCACGCGUACCAACGAAAAGACAACGAAACAGUGAUGGACGUUACGGGUUUGCGGAAAUUCGUUGCCAUUGAUGGAGCCGUCGCUAGCAUGGUCGGUAUGCUGGCGUCAACACAUCUAGUAAUGCAGAACGAGGCCCUGAUUGCGCUCAGCAUUCUGACGACAGUGUUUCACAACCAAAGUUCCACAAACGAAGGUACCGAUUUGGAUCGACUGCUAAUAGAAGCCGGUGUUGGCGGGAAACUGGCUGAACAAAUUACGUUGAACGGUGAGUCGAUGACGAAAGAAAUUGUGGAAAAUAUGCAAACCUUCGUGAAGCAACUGCACGGAUCCAGCGAAGCAAUGAUUGUCCAUUUGCGCGAGAAAAACAUCGACGAGCUGCUAAAAACCAUUCCCAGUCUGGUGGAGUACUGCACGCUAUGAAGCAAUGGAAGAUAGGCACACGGCGAAGAAGUAACGGCGAGCAAAUUUUCCUGCCCACGACAUUGCUACAUUUAUGCACAAUUUCUUUAGUUGGUUGUGACCUUGUAAAAACUUUUAGCGUUCAGGGUAUUAAGUCAACGUAUUUCGAUUCUUUCACGCUAUGACUAUGUCUGGAGGAAUGUGUCUGAGGAAUAGUUUUUUUUUUUCAAACCGAAAAUUAUCUGAUGCAAAAAAGGACGUUACUGACAUGUGGUUUUUUGGGUCAAAUCAAUAUUUCGGCCCUUUGUGCGGCUAGUCUAGGAUGAACUUGUUUUAAGAGACAAAACAUCAGUUCUGUCUACAUAUUAUUUAGCUUUUGAAUGUGCUGCAAUUCUACAAUAGCUAGGCAUUGGCUACGCUUAAAAUGUAUAGAAUUGGUAUGUUGAUUCAACUUCACGUUUUAAUCUUCGAGAACUGAUAUGUAGCCAGCAUAUUGCGUCAGGCCAUUUAGCGUAAUAAAAACCGUUACAACCGACAUGAAAAGUCAGCCAUUCAGGCUAAAUAUAAAAUGUAUAAUCACAAGCAAAUGCAAAUUUAUGCAAGCAAUGCUAGCUUUAACUUACACGAAACUAAGCUGAUAGUACACAUCCACAGUCGGGUUUGAUUUGCAUGCAUUGUAAUGAUUAUAAUGAUUAAAAGGAAUAAUGUACGAUGCUUACGGCUUGACAUUAAAACUUGGGAGUGUACGACAUAGGGCCACCAAAAACAUAUGGCAAACAUAGCAAAGAACAGCUCGCGAUCGUAAUGCCCUUUUUUUAGUAUGUUGAAGAACGAUGAAAUACUAAAAAUGGUGUAUCAAUUUUAUCCUCAAUGAUCCGCGGUCAUUUAGAAGAUAUAGAAAGUAACACGAGUUUGAGUAGCUAUAAGGAGUUUUUUUAUCGAAAACCCGUAGAAUUUACCAUAGGUUAUCAGUCUGGUUCUCACGAAACUCGUGAGGAUGCUAAACAGUUGCAUUUAAUCUCAACAAACAAAAUCACGAUAGCGCGAGCAUUACAAAAGCUGUUAGAAAACCUACAAUCAAUUCGUGCGCAUUUAUUUACUUAAACAAAAUGGUAACGAUACCCAAAAUAUAUGGCAUACCAAGUAGGUUUUAUUGAUGACCCAGUGAACGCCUGAUGCCAACGAGUAGAUAUAAAGUAUUAACGCCCAUCCCGUUUUCUGCACUUGAAGGAACAAUGACAGCAACUACCUUUUCCAUCUUCCUUAGAAAAAAGGCAAACCUAAUGGAUUACACGCUGUUAUAUUUUCUACAAAUCUUACUUUUUCCUAGUAAGUCGUCUGGACAUAGAGUCACAAAAUCUUGUAAUUGCAAAAUAAACUUUGUAUUAGCCUCGUUAAAGCUAGAAAGAGAUAUUAGCGUCUACAUAGUAACUUAGUAACAGUAUUUCACGGGGAAUUUAAGCAAUGCCCUAACAUGAUGGCGAUAAUUACCGGAAAAAUUGGCAAGGCAGUCGUACACAAGAGAUUUCAAGGUAUGUUUGCUAUUAACAUUUACUUUAGAUCUUUGAUACAAAACGUUGUUGUAAACAAUUGAACAAUUAAUAAAUUAACAAACGAAGAAAAUGAAAAAUUUAAGCAAUGUUUUCAAAGAAAUGUACGAUCUAAUCUACCAUAUUGCACUGAAUAACAAUAACAGUAAAGUUACACUUAUCGAUAGGACAAUUGCAGGGAAUCUGCAACAAGCCAUUGGUUCACGACUCACGAUUCAUCCUUAUCUAUUACAGCAAAACACAAUUGGUGUUGUGUUUUGCCAUACCUGAUGAGUAAUAAAAGGCGUGCUGUACAAGGCGCCAAGUAGCGGACAAACGAUGGAUAAGGAUAAGAAACUGUUAAACGGAGAGAAUUUUCCUUUCCUUCGCUGCUUGGAACAAAUCUAAACAACCACCCAAAAGAACAAACUCCCAAUGCAAACUCCAGCAACGUGAGUACUGGACAAGACUUGCUAGAAAGUUAUCGGUGCUCCACACCAAGUGAUUUAAACAAUGGGCAAUACAAUACAAUGUUAAUAAUCAAAAACAAUCGUCAAUCAUGUUGGCGUUUCGAUAUAGGCAUUUCGAAAAGGCAAAAAGCACAUGCAUUUAUUUAGGGCAGUGUCAUGUAUUUUGUAGUUUUUCUUCUC